AUGGGCACUUUAUCUAUAUGUAGUCAAAUUAUUGUUCAAAAUUGGUCGAUUAUUCUUGAUAUUAUUUUGCCAAUAAAUGAAUCCCGACCGCGUAAUAUACAGUUUGAAACAGAAUAUUUUGUCGAUGAAGAAAAAUAUUUCUUUUUAAUUCUACUGCAUAUGAACGCUACAUUAUGCACAGGAAUGAUAGGAAUGCUAGCGAUAGGAACCAUGCUUAUUGCAUAUCUUCAACAUACUUGUGGAAUGUUUAGAAUUGCCAGUUAUCGGCUUGAACGGGCAACAAAAAUUAAUGUGUUAAAAGAUAAUAGUUUCAUGGAAAAAAAUAUGAUACAUGACAUAAUUUGCGCUGUGGACAUUCAUCGGCAAGCUAUGAAAUUGUCGAAACUUUUGGUAUCUAGAUUUGAAACAAUGUUGUUCUGUUUAAUAGCGGUCGGGGUGGUUUCUUUGAGUCUCAAUCUUUUUCGAAUUUUUCAUAUUUUAUCGUCUAAAUUAUAUAUCAUGGAGAUUUUCACUCACCUUGAAUAUGCAUCUGCUAUUGUAAUAUACAUGUUCUCAUCUAAUUAUGUUGGGCAAGAUGUUAUAGAUCAUAAUAAUCACGUAUAUACUACUGCGUAA